GAUUGGUGCAGUUGGGAGUUUUAUAAAGUCUUGCCACAUUCUUACUUGUGUUGGACCUACUUGCGAUGCAUCCCGCAGUGUGUCUAUUUGUUUGAUGGCCGUGUUUAUUCUUUGAGUUUAGAGAUACGAGCCAGAAUGAAUCAGAAUGAGUCAUGAUCUUCGUGGGUGAAACUAAAUCGCUGCCAUUGCCUGACAACGGCAACCACAAUUCCAAUCAACGAUUCUAUUAUCCCUUGACAGGUAUAAAUGGGCAAACUCAUAACAUUACGAACGGUUGAUUAUAUUCUCAUGCCAAUUUUUGUUCUUGUGCUUCAAUUCUGCAAUGUCAUCAUCUCCUAAGAAAAAUGCACUCAUCUUUGGUGCGACUGGUCUCAUCGGUUGGGGAAUCGUCAAUGAACUUCUCUCGAGCUACCCUCAACCCGGCGUUUUCUCAAUGAUUACUGCAGUAGCAAAUCGUCCAAUUUCUGCAAUUGAUACACACUGGCCAGAAGGGUCCCCACAGAUGCCAGAGCUACAGGUCGUGACAGGAAUCAAUUUGUUGGAGGGGACAUCGGAAGAUUUAGCAAUGCAGCUCAAGGAUUGUGUGAAAGAUGUGGGUAGUAUCACGCACGUUUUCUAUACUGUCUUCGUCCCAAUCAACGAGGACUAUAUCAAGGAAGCCGAAACAAACUCUGCUAUGAUGCUACGGGUUGCCGAAGCCGUCAACAGCCUCUGUCAAAAUCUGGAGUCUUUUGUAUAUAUGGGUGGAACAAGGGGCUACGGCAUCUACAUCCCAAACGGUAGCUUCACAGCACCACUCGAGGAAAGCAUGGCAGAUAACUUGUCUUCUGACUACGCCAAAACAGUCGCAUACCCAGGAUACAGACGUGUUCUUACAGAGGCAAGCAAAGAUCGGUGUUGGAAGUGGUCUGAAAUAUGUCCGGAUGCUGUUGUUGGGUUCAGUCCAAUCGGGUCCAAUUUCUCACUCGCCUUACACUGGGCUCAAUAUCUUUCGUUAUACUCAUACAAUCAUAAUAUACGUGAGCCAGCCGAUUAUGGUAAGGUUCAAGUUGCCUUUCCCGGAUCUGAGGGCGGGUACAAUGCAUUGUUCACGCCUGUCUCGACACAGAGUUUAGGCCGCAUCUCAAUUCAUGCUUCUCUCAAUUCUGAUAGGUGUGGCGGAAGGAUCCUGAAUGCAGUUGAUCAUGGUAGUCCGACUACGUUUCGUGAGCUGUGGCCAAAGAUCACUGGGUGGUUUGGUCUUCAGGGUGUCGGUCCUGCUAAAGAAUGUCAACUCAAACCAAGUGAGUACAUAGAUAAAUACAGGUCACUCUUUGAAGACAAUGGAAAACCGAAGGCAGUCAGCGCUGGAGUUGGUGUGGGGAAUAGGCAGCUCGAUAGUGUCGGUUGGUGGUUGGAAUUCGAUCGACAACUGAGCCCGGACAGGCUGAGAGCGUCAGGUUUUGAGGAGGAAAGUGACCCCAUUCAGGGUUGGCUGGAGGCUUUUGAGAAAUUCAGAGCAGCUGGCAUAAUUCUUUAGUCAGAUACUGACUCUUUGUGCUACUAAGAGUAGAGUAAAAAAUUGCAUUUUAUGUGUUGCUGACAUGUAAGAUCUUAUAUUGAAGAGGUACCAAACAUAAAUUAAAGACUCUUGAUUCCGUCUCACAUGUCGACUA